UGGCCAUCCAUCAACACCUCCACUUUCUUUCUUUUUUUUUAAUUCCUUUGGUGGAAUAAAGAAACAGAGGUAAUACACUGACGUCAUCAACAGACAAGGAUAAUGGGAUCCUGUGUGUCUAUGCCAGAGAGAAGAAUUGUGCUUUUAGGAAGGAAAGGUGAUGGAAAAAGCAGCGCUGGGAACACAAUUCUUGGAGAAAAAGUAUUCACCCCUCAAGCUUCGGGCGAUUCAGUAAAAGCUAUAUGUGAAAUAAGAAAGAAGAGCCGAUAUGGAAGCAAGAUCACAGUUAUCGAAACGCCUGGAUUCUUUGAUACAGAUCAUGAUGAUAAGGAGAUGAAAUCUGAGAUCAUCAAAGCUAUGGUUGAAUGUGCUCAAGGUGUUGAUGCCUUUGUGAUCGUACUAAAGAUCGGAGAGUACACAAGCCAAGAAAUGAAGGUGCUACAGCAAUGUCUGAAAACACUGAAAGAGGAUGCGUUUGACCACACAGUGAUCUUAUUCACUUUUGGUGAGCACCUAGAAGACCAGACCAUUGAAGAGUUUCUGAAGGCCAAUUCACAGCUUCAGGAGCUGGUUGAUAAAUGUGAAGGUCGCUGUCAUGUCAUCGACAACAAACACUGGAAAAAACGUAAACGGGACAACAAGAGCAACAAAGUACAGGUGAAAAAUCUGCUGGAGACUAUUGCCAAGAUGAGACAUAAGAACGGCUGCUUCACCAAUGAGCUUUUUCAAAAGAUGGAGGAACAAAUUCAAGAGGAAAUUGGAAAAAUGGCAGGGGAAAAUUUGCCUCCAGAAGAGAAACGAGAAAAAGCAAAGAAAAAUGUUCAGGAAAGAAUACUGGAGAAGGCUGCAGGAGUGACAACAGAAUUGCUGAUUGGUGCUCUUAUGGGCACAUGUUUUGCAGUUAAUUUCAUUCUGGCUUUCUUACAAACGACCCUCCCUUUAAGUACAUUACAAAAUGUAGCCUCAACUGUUGUAAGAGCUGUUGGAGGAGCUGUUGGAGGAGCUUUUGUAGGAGCUGUUGGAGGAGCUUUUGGAGGAGCUGUUGUUGGAGCUGUUGGAGGAGCUGUUGGAGGAGCAAGAGAAGCAGAGACAGGAGUAACAGAUCCUGAAGAAGCAGCAGUGAAAACAGGAGAAAAAGCAGGAGGAACAGCAGUUGAAGCAGUAAGAGCAGCAGCAGUAGCAGCAGUUGAAGCAGGAGGAGCAGGAGUUGCAGCUUUUGCAGGAGCUGUUGGAGAAAGAGUCACUGCAUGGAAUGCAGGCAAUUCAGUGAAUGCGGUGAUGGAGGCAGCACAGCUUAACUACGAGAAAGCAACAGCUGUGACUGAAAAUAUACAACAAUUUGUUGGAAAUCUUUUCAAUAAUACAGCACAAACAGAAGAGAAAAAAUAA